AUGUUUUCAUUAAAUCCACAAUCAAAUGGAAAUAGUAAUAAUUUAUUUGGGAAUGUAACCCUUGGAAAUUUUAGUAAUAAUAGUAAUAAUUUAUUUGGUGGUAGUUCAACAACAUCAACAAAUACCAACAAUAGUAAUAAUUUAUUUGGUGGUAGUUCAACAACCAAUAGUAAUAAUUUAUUCGGUAGUGGUGGUAGUUCAACAACCAAUAACAACAACUUCAAUAGCAACUUCAACAAUAACAAUAUAAAGAAUGAAAAUAAAAUUAAAAAUGGAAAGAAAUUUUAUAAUUUUAGAUGGUCACCAACCGGAGAAAUCCUAUUAUAUAAUACACUUAAUAAUUUUGAUAAUCAUAAUUUUGAUCAAAAAAAUGGUGGUAGUGAUACCAUACGUUAUGAAAUGAAUACAACUUUAUCAACAAUUAAAAAAUUUUACAAUGAUUUAUAUACAAAUUUUGAAACUAUGCAAAGAAUUGCAGGUCUUUCAAAUCAAGUUAUACCAGAUGAUAGAGUUAGAGAGAUUUCACAUCAUAGUAGAACAUAUCUAUCUGUGAUUUUAGCAGCAAUCAAUCAAAUGAGUAAAUCUCAAAAAACAGGUUCAUACAUUGACGAUGAAGAUUCUUGUAUGAAUUGUGAUCCUUUAGAUAAUGAUUUAAUUAAAAUACAAACACCAAGAGUAUUAGAAUAUUUUAAACAAUAUCCAAAUAAAACAUUAAUUUUCUUUUGUGGUAGUAUCGAUUCAAUUUAUCCAUAUCUUUGUUCAAAAUUAUCAAUGGAGACAAAAUCAAAAUGUAUAUUAAUAGCAAGAGAAUCAAAUGUUCCAAAUUCAAAACGUUUAGAUUUAAUUAGAACAAUUUCAAAUCAAGGUGAACUUAAAAUUUUAAAUAAAGAUGAAUAUUCAAAUAGAUAUCAAAUUGCAAAUGAAAAUUAUGGUGAAUUAGAUGAUGUUUUAACAUUAGAGAUUGAUGAUACUUAUUUAGCAUAUGAAAGAGAGAUAGAUAAUUUAAUUUGUAUGUCAACAAUGUGGAGAGUUGCAAAUUUAUUUUAUUUUAGUGUUUCAAGUUCAUCAAAUUCAGUAUCACCAACUCAAUUAUUGGAUUGUAUAGAAUUGGAGAGAAAAGAACUAUUGAAUAGCAUCGAACAACAAGGUACACAAGAUCCAAUGGAUUCGGAAUAUUACAAUCAAAUUGCACGUCUAUUGGUUUGUGGUUGUAUAGAUCAAGUCAUUCAACAAUUGAAUAUACUAAGUCGUGCACCAAGAAGUGCAUCACAAAUUAAAUCAACCUCUAGAAAAUCACCAAUCAAUCUAUUGAUUGAUAUUCUCUCUUCAAUACCAUUGAAAAAGAAAUCAAUCAAUGGUGGUGGUGGUGCACCACUCUAUCCAAAUGAACAUUUAAUUCAAUGGAAUAAAUGGCAUCAAGAAACUCAGAAAAUACUCUCUCAAUAUAUUGAAAGUGGUAGUUCAAGUACCAAUCAAGUCGAUGAGAACCUUUUACCAAUAGUAAAGAUCCUUUUAGGUGAUCAACAAACUAUAAUGUCAACUUGUAAUAGUUUUCUUCAAUUGGUAGUUUCAAAUAUUCUCUUUGUUGAGUAUACAACCUCAACCACUCAAUUACGUCAACUUUUCACUCAAUGUUAUCAAACUAUUCAAGCUCCAACAACUGUUGAUAAAAUUUUCUUAUCAUUUGCAACAAAGGAUUUAGAUAUUACAUUAAAGAAAAUUUUUAAACAUUCACCAGCAUGGUUAGCAGUACAUUUAUCAGAUUUAUUAUAUCAUCAUCCAUAUGUUAUGAGAAAAUUACCAAAUUCAGAAUCACAAUUAACAAAUAUUAGAGAAUAUUUAUUAUCAGAUUUUGGUCAAUCAUUAGCAUCAGAUUCAUCGUUAUUAUCAAUUGGUUGUAAUUAUUUAAAGUAUGUAAAGAAUGGUGGUUUGGAAAUGAUUGAUCAAUUCAUAUCAAGACAACCAAUUCAUUUUGAAAAGAAUGCAAUUAAAAUGUUGGAUAAAUGGGCUACCUCUGUUGAAACAAAGAAUUCAAUCUAUAAAAUGUUAUCACUUCAAGAUUUCAAAAGAAAAAGAUAUGCUGCAAGUUUAAAUUGGUUAAUGUUGGCAAAUGAUAAUUCACAUAUCACUUUAUUAUCAAAUUAUUUAUUAGAGAAUCAAUUAAAUUCAGAAUUUUUAAAUGAUCUACAAUCAUUAUUAGAAAAAAAUGAUGAAAUUGAUUGUAAUAUAAAUAAUAAUAAUAAUAAUAAUAAUAAUAAUAAUAGUAAUAAUAGAAUAAGUGGAAAUAAUAAUAAUAAUAUGAUAAUUGAUGAAAAUAAAUUUGAAAUUACAAAUAAUAGUGAAUUAAUAUUUUUAAUUAGAUAUAGAGAAUUAAUUAGUUUAUGGAAAGAAAGAUCAUUUAAAGAGUAUUCAAGUUCACUUUGUUUGAUGUUCAAAGAUAGAGUUAUCCCAAAACGUUUUUGGUUACGUUUACUCAUUGAUUGUGUUCCAUUAUUAGAAAGUUUAAAAAAUCUUUAUUUCACUUAUCAAGAUACACUUCUUUUGCAAUCUUGUUUAGAAGAAAUCAUUCAAUCCCAUUUAUUCGAUCAAUACUCUUUUAAUAUUUCAAAUCAAGAUAUUCAAAUUUUACGUAGUGCUUUAGCUAGAAAUUUAGCAAAGUCAAUCAUAUCCUAA